AUGCCGCGCGAGUUCCAAUUCGUUGCCGUCCUAUGCCCGACGGAGCCCGUCCCCUUCGAAACACGAAAGCUGACACAUUCCCACGCCCGUCGGGAGACACACGCCAUGAAAAAACGUCUACGGAUGCAGAGACUUCAAGCAAAGGCCACGCGAGCUCAUGCAGGAAAUACCAUAGCAGUUUUCGACCCAUCUUUUCUAAAUGUCCGAAUCGUCGUGCCACAUGCCACGGCCACAUGUCAUGAUUUGUUUAGCGCCCCAGGUGACCACCAGGAGCGGGUCUUUCGGGAAUGGGUAGGCCUCGCCGUGACUGACCAGGACCUCCUCGACACCGCUGUUCUCCUCCGGGCCGGCCGGUACCUUCUGGAGACCAGACCAGAUGAUCCGGUGUUGCCGCAAAUGAUACUCCUCUACAAGCAGAGAGGUCUGCAGAGACUGCGCCGGUUGCUUAGCGGCAUGUCGUCGCCAGUAAAUGCGUUGGGUGUAGCUAUGGCACUUUCUCUAGCGAUGGACGAGGAUGCGUUUGGGGAGAUGGGAGUAGCCCGGAUGCAUGCAGAAGGUGUGUUUAAUAUGGUUGACCUCGGCGGCGGCCCGGGUUCUAUCGGUCUCACGGGCUUCCUUCAAACCAUGUACGAGGCGUGGCAACAGAUAUUCAAAGUUGGAAGAUACCUAGCUCCAUGA